CAGUGAUGCUAAAGCCGAUCACCUUCUCCUCGGUCGCCAGUCUCAGCCCCUGUUGCAAAGUUUUCAGCUGUGCGUUGCUCUUGCGCGGAUUGCCGAGAUGGCGAAACCGUUAACCGACAGCGAGAAAAGAAAGCAGAUCAGCGUGAGGGGUAUCACCGGCGUGGGAGAUGUGGCCGAAAUCAAGAAGUCCUUCAACCGGCAUUUGCACUUCACCCUCGUCAAAGACAGGAUCGUCUCGACCCCCCGAGAUUAUUAUUUCGCCCUCGCGCACACCGUGCGGGAUCACCUGGUGGGCAGAUGGAUUCGAACCCAGCAGUAUUAUUACGAGAAGGACCCCAAGCGCAUUCACUACCUCUCGCUGGAGUUCUACAUGGGACGGACCCUGCAGAACACGAUGAUCAACCUGGGGCUGCAGAGCGCCUGCGAUGAAGCCAUCUAUCAGCUUGGACUGGACCUGGAGGAGCUGCAGGAGAUCGAGGAGGAUGCUGGACUGGGCAACGGGGGACUGGGGCGUCUAGCAGCUUGUUUCUUGGAUUCCAUGGCCUCCUUGGGUCUGGCGGCCUAUGGAUACGGAAUCCGGUACGAGUUUGGGAUUUUCAACCAGAAGAUCUCAGAAGGCUGGCAGAUUGAGGAAGCUGAUGAUUGGUUGCGCUAUGGCAACCCCUGGGAGAAAGCGCGACCCGAGUUCAUGCUGCCCAUCCACUUCUACGGAAGAGUCGAUCAAAGCGGAGGUGGUGCCAAGUGGGUAGACACUCAGAUCGUCCUCGCCAUGCCUUAUGACACUCCAGUGCCGGGCUACAAGAACAACACGGUGAACACCAUGAGACUCUGGUCAGCCAAAGCCCCCAACGACUUCAACCUUCAGGAGUUCAAUGUGGGUGACUACAUCGAGGCAGUGCUGGACAGAAACCUGGCAGAGAACAUCUCCAGAGUGCUGUACCCCAACGACAACUUUUUUGAAGGGAAGGAGCUACGGCUGAAGCAGGAGUACUUUGUGGUGGCCGCCACCCUGCAGGAUAUCAUCCGCCGCUUCAAGUCCUCCAAGUUCGGCUGCAGAGACCCUGUGAGGACGAGCUUUGAUUCGUUCCCAGAUAAGGUGGCCAUUCAGCUCAAUGACACUCACCCUGCUCUGGCCAUUCCAGAGCUCAUGAGGAUUUUGGUGGAUGUGGAAAAGCUGGAGUGGGAGAAGGCCUGGGACAUCACGGUAAAGACGUGCGCCUACACCAACCACACGGUGCUCCCCGAGGCCCUGGAGCGCUGGCCUGUCUACAUGUUUGAGAAGCUGCUGCCCCGACAUCUGCAGAUCAUCUAUGAGAUCAACCAGCGUCACCUGGAUAGGGUCUCGGCUUUGUAUCCCGGAGACUGGGACCGACUGAAAAGGAUGUCUCUGAUCGAGGAAGGAGACCCCAAGAGGGUGAACAUGGCCCACCUGUGUGUGGUGGGGACACACGCGGUGAAUGGGGUUGCCAGGAUCCACUCUGAGAUCGUCAAGAACAGCGUGUUUAAAGACUUCUACGAUAUUGAGCCUGAGAAGUUUCAGAACAAGACCAAUGGCAUCACUCCACGCCGCUGGCUGCUGCUGUGUAACCCGGGACUGACCGAUCUCAUUGUUGAGAAAAUUGGCGAAGACUUUGUCACCGACUUAUAUCAGCUGAAGAAGCUUCUGAAGUUUAUUGAUGACGGCAUCUUCCUGAGAGACGUGUCCAAGGUCAAGCAGGAAAACAAGCUGAAAUUUUCAAGCUACCUGGAGCAGGAGUACAACGUAAAAAUCAACCCGGCGUCCUUGUUUGACAUCCAAGUGAAGAGAAUUCACGAGUACAAACGGCAGCUGCUCAACUGUCUGCACAUCAUCACCCUCUACAACCGCAUCAGAAAGGAGCCGAAUAAGGAGUUUGUCCCCAGGACAGUUAUGAUUGGAGGAAAGGCAGCUCCUGGGUACCACAUGGCCAAAAUGAUCAUAAAACUGAUUACGUCUGUGGGCAACAUUGUGAACCACGACCCUGUGGUGGGCGACCGUCUGAAAGUCAUCUUCUUGGAGAACUACAGAGUGUCCCUGGCAGAAAAAGUGGUCCCAGCAGCUGACCUCUCGGAGCAGAUCUCCACUGCUGGGACAGAAGCCUCUGGUACUGGGAACAUGAAGUUCAUGCUGAACGGAGCCCUCACCAUUGGCACCAUGGAUGGCGCCAACGUGGAGAUGGCGGAGGAAGCUAAGGAGGAGAACCUCUUCAUCUUUGGCAUGCGGGUUGAGGAUGUAGAAGCCAUGGACAAGAAGGGGUACAACGCAAAGGAGUACUAUGACAGGAUCCCAGAGCUCCGACAGGUGAUUGACCAGAUCAGUAGUGGCUUCUUCUCUCCAAAACAGCCUGACCUCUUCAAGGACGUCGUCAAUAUGCUGAUGAACAACGACAGGUUCAAAGUGUUUGCCGAUUAUGAAGCUUACAUCAGCUGCCAGGAGAAGGUCAGCAACCUCUAUAAGAAGCCAAAGGAGUGGACCAAGAUGGUCAUCAAGAACAUUGCAGGCUCUGGCAAGUUCUCCAGCGACCGCACCAUUUCCGAGUACGCCCGGGAGAUCUGGGGUGUGGAACCUUCCAGCGUCAAGAUCCCCGCCCCCAACGAGUGAGCCACACUGGACACACAGGCCACUGGCUCCGCAGCAGUAGCAGCAGCAGCAGCGUGCACUUCAGGGACGGCAGUCACACUGCAGCUUCUGGAAGCUUCAGUGGCAACUGCUGCCCACCAGAUGGCCUUGGCUUUACGACGCCUGCGUGUGGAGAGGAGGAGGAGGCACCUUUGUUUUGUAGAGUAGGAAGUCGUCCUUCGUCAUCGUGUGAUUUGAACUAAGUAGGUCGAGUGUGACAGUAGGCGACUAGGAAAAGGGGGGGGGAGGAGAGAAAGCACUCUGGUCCUGUCCAACCUGCAGCUCCACACUUGGGGACGUCCUGCUGUCCCCACUCCAUGAGUCCAGUUUAUAGCUCAUUGAGGAGACGCAGGCUGGACGUUUGAUUUUGUUGGGGAAACGGGAAGUCGGUGGGGCGUUUUAAAGACCAAAUGUCCACUUUGCACCUGCUGGCAAGCCCUGUAGUGGAUGCUGGUUGCGCUGCUAACCUGCCAUUUAUCAUGCAUGUGUGUGCGUGUGGGUGUGUGUGCCGCAGUUGUAUAUGCGCAGCUAAAGGUUGGUAGCCAUUGGCCGUCCAACACCGCACUCGAGUCCACCUUGACCAACCACGUUGGAGCGACUCGCAGCCAGGGAGCAGAAAAUCGUCGAUCCUUCCUUAGGGUGGCAUCGUUUGUAGCUUUGCACAUUAAUUUGCGUCCUUACUCCGUGUAAGCGUUGAACCCCGCGGGUGUAAAGAAAAGAAAGCGGGUGGCCAUGGUAAUAAAAAUGGGUGCUGCUCUACA